AAAAGAGUUAUAAAAUUUUAUACGUACUUAAUAAUAAACGCCUGAAUUUCUAUACUAUUAUGUUUUGUACCUACUUGGCUCAAAUCAAAAGUAGUGACAGUCUUAUCUGUAUAAUUAAAUGGUUCUAAAAAAAUACCUGUCAAGUAUUAGCAAAGCCCUAUAAGGUACACCACGAGAUAACCUUUUAGAACUACGAAAAUGAAUGCGGUAUUAUGUUUAACUACAAUAUUAAUUCAUUUGUCAAACUCUUACUAUUCUGAUGAAGCAAACACAUACGGGUACAGACGACAGUUUAAAAAUUCAAGCGAAGUUAUUUCAAACUUCAAUGAGACAGUAUUUUUGAAACUUUUGAAUUACGAAGAAGGAAGCGAUCGUGUUACAGAGGAUAAAUACCGCUGGAUAGCGAAAGUGAUUCAUUCCCGAACGGAAUUGUUCCCGUACGCCUGUACUGCUUCCUGUAUCGAUAAAGAGAUAUUUAUAACAGCUGGCCGCUGCGUUGUCGAGUUAAUAGUACAGUACACAUCAAUAUAUUACAACCAGCAACAACUCCCAGCCAAAGCUUUCGUGUUGCCGACGAAUGAGUCCAAGCAUGGCAUAGACGAUAUCGGGUUUAUAAUUGUACACAAGGAAUUUAAGGGAACCUGGUACACCAUAGGAUUAUAUGAUGAGGAACGACCUGACGACAGAUUUCGAUGGUUUGUCACCAUGAAUUUCACUGAAACAUACAAAGUUAUUGGCUACGCAUCAGAAUCGUUUUUAAAAGAACUUCGAAAUGCAACAACCGAGUAUUUUCUCGCAGAGCUGCCAAUACAGUUUGACGUAAAUCUUUGUAAAUCUACAUAUAGUAUGGUUGGAUUCCGUGUUCCGUGUUUUCACGCUUGCAAUUUGUUUGAAUUUCUUGAUGAAGAUCCAAAGUGUGAAAAGACCCUUGCCGUAGAAGGAGCGGCAGUCAUCAAUGUUGACACCAAUAAAUUAUUUGGAGUUGCUACAUGGGGGGCAAGUUACAAACUUGACUUUCUACCGAUAGGUUUUAGCGUAGCCAAUUCUGAAAAUUUCUUUUCUGAUUUAGAAUGUGCUAAAAAAAUCAGGAAUGAUGUUAACGAAAAUGUUAGUAAAGGGUUUUAUCAGAAAUUAUGUGAUGAAAAAUAAAGAUUUGUAAUAAUGGUUGUUUUUACCGCCAAUAUUACUAGACUUGUCAACUACAUGAUAAGUUUUUUUAUACUUAUUUAUCGAUUAAAGAUGCAUACGGGCCAGAAGCUCCACCAGAGCUCAAGAGUUGUUGGUGACAACCUGUGAUGGUUUAUAGUUCUUUUAUCACUUGUGGAGCCGAACCCAGAUAUUUUUGUAAUCUGUUUAACAUUU